GAUUGUGCAACAUCAACAAAACGUGAUGUUAGCCAAAUGUGCGUUAUUCGAUUCGCCUAACCGUGAAAUGUCAAUUGCUUACCCUUACUGUUUUCUACUAACGUUUGCCGAAACGAUAGGACAGGAUGAUACGGAGAACUCUUGAAAAAACGAGGAAUGAAUAAUACCAACGUGACCAUUCACGAUAUUUUAUCAGGACGCCAGGCGAUCUCCUUGUCCAUACACGUCAUCGGUGGCAUUAUAAUCGCGAUUAUAAUUUGCACUUGCUGCUGCACCCUGUUUGUGAGAAACAAGUGUGCGAGGAUCGUUGAUAAGCUGACAGGGAGACGGAAAAAGGAAAAGUAUUUCCCUCCCGACAUCGAGGAAGGACGAAAGAAGUUGCGAAAAAAGAAGAGAACCGUGUCGCCGGACUUGAUACAGGCGACGGAAGUUACCGCGCCGAUUAUCCCAAAGGAACCGGUGAGGGCGGAAAGGUUGGAGACCGCGUCACCGACUCCUUGCUACAAAUGUUACAGAAAAAAGAAAAAGAGACGAAGAACGAGGCAAAUACGAUGAGAUCGCGAAGAAGGUUAAUCCAUAAGUAAACGAGGCAACGAAAAUGAGACAUCUUUCCGAAUUGAAAAGAAAUAAAAACAUGCUAUAACAGAAUGAUCUUUUGUUUUUAUCUGCACGAUUCUUUCUCUUUCUGUAACGUCUUGUUUGAAGAAAAAUGCGGGCGAUCGGUAUUUAUGUUGUAAUCAUUGCGAUAAUUUUUGUCUUAAGAAUCCACGGUACGAUAGAUGUGAAUCUGAGCGAAUUGGAGUAUCUCGCAGCUCGACUGAACCCGGUCGAAUGUAGGCGAUUAAUCGCCGCGCUUCAUUAUACGACUUAUGACUUGCCAAGCAACUUGGCCGCAGCAGAGCGUAAAGUGGACGAGGAGAUCCCGUGUCUGCGUCAACUGCUUCAUUGGAAUAGUUCUCCCGAGGAGGGCCGGGGAAAGACGCACGCAGCGAUUGUACACCGACUUCGACAGCUAAAUCGCAACGAUCUCGCCGAUUGGCUUGGCAAAACCACCUUCAAACAACUGGGAAAGGAUCUGGACAAUGCUAUUACGCUGUCCUUCGACGAGCUCGCCGAG